CACGACUCGACUUAUUCCCAUUCCCAUCCAUUUUCGUCGCAACAUUGAGAGCGCCAGCUUCAUCCCCCUUCACGUCGCCACCACCGCAAUUGGACCCGCGACCCCGCGCGCCCGUUACCCUCGCUGCACGCCUCUACCAAGUGCUCGCGACGCGCUAAUUUCUAUCCAUGACUCUGGCCACGCGCCUAUCGCCGACUUCCUGACACGUCCCCGUCGAUCCACGACACCCAUCGAUACAGCCCUUCCCCGCUUCACCAACACGUCAACCCCCGAGCGCCCGCAACGCACCUCUCCCCAAGAUGGCGCCCCGCCGCGGUCGCGCUGAACCCCAGGAAGAAGUCGAGGAGGAACAAGGAGAGGAGCUUGUCAGCCUUCAAUUCGACGAAGAAUUGACCUGGAAGCCCGGGAAACCCAUACCUACCACCGAACUUCUCAACCGCCUGCAGACUCUGUCCGAGGAGCUCGGCGGCCUCGAUCAAGACACUGUCGAUGUCGAGUCUCUGAACGAUGUCGCCCACGCUCUGGGCCAACGCAACCUGCUGGCGCACAAAGACAAGGGCGUGAGGGCGUAUGCUGCAGUAUGCAUAGCAGACAUCCUGCGCCUGUGUGCGCCUGACGCGCCGUUUACCGCCGACCAGACCAAGAUGUUCUUCAAUCUCGUGGUCACGCACAUCUUUCCUUCCCUGAACGACCAAGCUCAUCCCUACCACAGCCAGCACAAGUACGUGCUAACGGCGCUCACCGACGUCAAGAGUAUUCUUCUGAUUAAUGACGUCGAUGGCGCCGAUGACAUGCUGCUCAAGCUGUUCUCGGUCUUUUUCGACGGUGUCUCCGGUGGCUCCAACUCGAGCCCCGAGGAGGGCGUCUCAAAAGAAGUCCGCAACACCAUGACGGAAAUGCUGAUCGCCUUGGUCGAUGAGGCGUCGGGAAUGAACCCCAAGGUCAUUGAGGUGAUAAUGGCCCAAUUUCUGAGGGCAGCACCCCCAGGAGGGUUCCACAGCCGCACUGAGCGCGGCGAGCAAAAUGGCAGCCAGUCGACGUUACUACCCAAGGACGAGCCGGCUGCAUACAUCAUGGCCAAGGAGAUCUGCAACGUAUGCACGGAAAAGAUGGUGCACUACGUAAGCCAGUACUUCAGCGAUGUUAUUCUCGAUGCCUCCCGGUUCGCGGCAAAGACUGUUGGGAAUCGUCAUGACGAGGAGGAAGACGAGGAUGCGCCCAGGGGCCCUACGGACGCAGAGCUGAAGGAGCUCAAGAAGGCCCACUACCUCAUCAGGGAGCUGUGGCGAGCCGCGCCGUCGGUGCUGCAAAAUGUCAUUCCUCAGGUCGAGGCAGAGCUUUCGGCCGACAACGUGGAUCUUCGACAGCUAGCCACCGAGACGCUUGGAGACAUGAUCUCUGGAAUCGGCGCUGCUGGCCCGCCGCCUCCGCCCGUCUUGGACCCUGCCCAGUACCCCCCGCUGCGCUUGGCCGAUGAGGCUCCCAGCCAGAUAUCCGAUAACGUUCUCACAACGCCCUUGUCGCCUCAGUCGUUUGCGCAGACGCACUCGUCUGCGUACAAUCACUUCCUGGGAAGAAGGAACGAUAAAACGGCAACUAUUCGCGCCGCCUGGACCACCGCUGUUGGAUACAUUUUGGCCACCUCGGCAGGUGGCAUUGGCCUCAACCGCGAGGAACAGUCCGAGCUCGUGAAGCACCUCGGAGAGAAGCUCAACGACGGUGACGAAAAGGUCCGUCUGGCUGCUGUCAAGGUAAUGGAGCUGUUCAGCUUCCGCGACUUUGUCACAAAGCUCGCCGCACCUGGUGGCGUUGACAAGGACGGCUCGGUGCUGAGCAGCCUUGCCGACCGUUGCCGUGACAAGCGCACCGCUGUUCGAGUCGAUGCCAUGACUCUGCUCGCGAAGCUGUGGGCUGUCGGGUCCGGAGAGUUGGCUGCUGGGCAGGAGAGCGUCGUCGCGGCCCUGGCCGGGAUCCCAUCACGCAUCUUCAACGCGUUUUACGCCAAUGACUCCGAGCUCAACAUCCUGCUGGAUCGCGUACUCUUUGAGUGCCUGGUGCCACUGUCCUACCCUCCCAUCAAAGCGCCCAAGAACACCAGAGCCGCGGCCAGCCAGAGCUCUCAGACUGCGAGCGUGGCGGACCAAGACCGAAUUCGGGCUGAGAGGAUUUUGCUCCUCACCCAGUCACUGGACGCCGCGGCCAAGAGGGCUUUUUUCGCCAUGCAGGGUCGCCAACCUCAGUUUGCGCAGGUACUUGAGGCUUUCAUCAACCAAUGCGAGAGCUACAACGGCGGUGUGAUGGACGACAACCGGCCAAGGAAGACAGCCAAUCUGGAAAGGACUGUGCAGUACAUCACCCAGUUCUUCCCGGACCCGUUCAAGGUCAAGACGGACCUCCAGAAGUUUGCCAACCUGAACGACAGGCGCGCCUACCAGCUUGUCAGAUUCUCAGUCAGCGCCGGGAGCGACUACAAGACAGUGCGCCAAGCCAUCAAGGAGCUGGUGAAGCGCAUUAAUGCAAGCCAGGUCGCGACGAGCUUGGACACUCUCCUGCCGCUCCUCUACCGCUCGGCCUGUUUAUUGUUCAACCGCAGCCAUCUGGCGACGAUCCUGGACUACUCUAGGAAUGACAAGGAUGGCCUGGGCUCCGUCUCCCACGAAAUUCUGAAUGAGAUUUCUCAGCGCAACCCUGAGCUUUUCAAGACCCACGUGGGUGAACUGUGCAAGGGCCUGAUCGAACAGGCCCCUACAGAGACUAACGAGAACGAUUCGACGGUCGUCGACACUUUGAAGGCUUGCGCGUCGUAUUCCAAGAAAUACCCAGAGGAGAUCCCCCAAGACCGUAAGUUUUCGCAGGCCCUCGUGAACUACGCUCUGUACGGCCGGCCUGUCAAGUCUGCCAAGUAUGCCAUCAAGAUUCUGCUGGCAAAGGCCGACGACAAGGGUCUCGUCAACGCGACUAGCUUGCUGGAGAAGGUCAUGGAAGACUGGAAAUACGGGUCGUCGCACUUCCUGAACAGGCUGCAGUCUGUCGCACAGCUUGAGUUGCAGGCACCCAAGAUCACGCUGGACUCGGAUGAUGACAUCCUCGACAUGACGGUACAGCAAAUCCUUCUCAAGGUUCGAACCGACGCCACAGACAAGGACCCCGACUGGGUGGAGGAUGCCGAUGUGGACGAGGAGCUGCAGGCCAAGUGUCUGUCGAUGCACAUUCUCGUCAAUCGACUGCGCAGCAUGGAAGAUGUCGAGGAAGCCAAGGAGAAGGCCGUCCCGGUCUUCAAGCUGCUCAAGACGCUGGUCGCCAAGAGGGGAGAGCUUUGCAAGACGAAGGACACUCCGAAUCAUCACAAGUCACGGCUUCGCCUUCUGGCCGCCCAGCUGCUGUUGAAGCUGUGUACCGUCAAGCACUUUGAUGACUUCCUGACCCCCGCCGACUUCAACCGUCUUGCCUUCACCGCGCAGGACCCUCAUCUCAGUGUUCGGCGGGGUUUCAUCGAGAAGCUCCAGAAAUAUCUUGUCCAGGGAAAACUUCGAGCGCGGUUUUACACCAUUGUGUUCCUGACGGCUUUCGAGCCAAGCGCCGACCUGAAGCAGCGUGUCGAGACUUGGAUCCGCUCCCGAGUCCGCGCACUGCAGACGAGCGAACAGCAUCCCAUGGAGGCCAUCAUGGGUCGACUCAUCUCUCUGCUGGCCCACCAUCCCGACUUCACCAAGCCGGAGAAUGUUGACGAUGCCAGCAGCGACGAAUUGUCGGCUUAUGCGAGCGACCUGGCGGAUCACGGCCGUUACAUCCUGUACUACCUCACAAACGUGGCAACCGAGGACAACCUGGGACUCAUCUACAAGUACGCCGAAAGGGUCAAGCAGACUCGCGAUGCAAUUGACCCGGAGGCGAGUGACAAUCUGUACAUCGUCAGCGACCUGGCACAGGCCGUCAUCAGGAAAUGGCAGGAAAGGAAGAAUUGGAGCUUCCAGGCGUACCCGGGCAAGGUUGGCCUGCCGAUUGGUCUCUACACUGCUCUGCCUUCGCACCAGGUCGCUCAAGAGAUUGCCGAGAAGCAGUAUCUGCCGGCGGAGAUUGACGGGAAGCUGGAUGGCCUUUUCAAGUCCAUCGAUCGAAAGAAGAAGAGAAAAUCCGUGGAUGAUAGGGGCGAUCACCAGCCAGCCAAAAAAGCAAGACAGGCGCCCAGGGUCAAGGAGCCCAAGGCACCCAAAGAGCCGAAAGUGAAGAAGCAGAAGGUCAAGAAACCCGCCAAGGUCAAGAAGAGGCGUCCCGAGUCCGAUAUUCCGCCAGAGAACCGGAGACGCAGCGGCAGAGCUACCAGGGUUUCUCAGUACACCGAACGCGACUCUUCGGAUGACGACCGCGAAAUGUGGGAUGGUGUCAGCAAGUGGGAAUACGUCGAUGGCGAGCCCGAAGACGAGUCCGACGACGAGGACGGCUCCUCCGUCCUUUCAGAGGCUCCCGAUGAGGAGAAUGGCCAGAAGGGUUCGAAGAAGUCCGCUGCCAAAGCCAACGACAGCGGUGACGAAUCUCCUCUAUCCGACGUUGAAGACGAGGCGAUAGCUGAACCGGACGCAGAGCCCGAGUCGGAGAAGGAAGAAGAAGAAGCAGGCGACGAGGAGGAGGACGCCGAGGAGGCCCCUCCACCACCCAAAUCGAACGGACGCAAGGGCAGGUCGGCGGCGGCGGCGGCGGCCAAGACGAAGCUGCCGGCGCGACCCGCAGCCAGGGAGAAGCCAGCCCCGAGAGCUGCAACGAGGUCGUCGGCGCGGACCACGCGAGGAAGGGCCGCCAAGGAGUCAAUGGACAUUGACGAAAGCGAGUGAUCAAUCAGCGGGGUGGGUGGGUGGUGGUGGUGGUGGUGGUGGUGUACAAAAACAAAAAGUUGAUUUUCACUUUGCGUUCACGAGCUUGCUUCAGGUUUAGCUAGGUAGGUACUUGUUUUUUGCGGAUUCUUUGCCUUCCCCCCCCGUCGGCUUUAUAGGGACGGAUAUCCUCACUUAGCUAGGUAUGCAAUCGUGGGGGCGGAUGGGGGGGUGCUCUUGAGGGUGCUUGCGGCGACAACUGAAAUGUAUCGUUUCACCCCCACCUCUGUCUUCGCCUUCCCUUUUCUGCGAAACACCAUAUAUAUGUACAUUUGCCC